AUGAUGCCGACUCCCUUUCAACCGAACGAGGACGAGGGUGAACUGCUGGGGAGAAAUGGGCGCGGCGACGCCUUUGUCGCCAUGGCACCGCUCCAAGUCGAAUCUCGCCUUUUCGCCGGGCAAGGCGGCAUGGAGCUCUCGGCGUCGGAGCUGUCGAACCGCCCGCUGCGUGAGCUGAGCGCCAGUGAGCUGUCAUCGAGCCUAGCACACGAGCCCUUCAUUCGUUUAGACAGCGACCAGGAUCUCGCGGUAUCCGAGGGUAGCACGCCGGCGCCGGUGCCAGAGCCGGCGCCGGAAGGCAAAAAGGAAGUCAAACCACCACACGGGUGGCCGUCAAUAUCGCGUUUCCCGCGGUGGUACUGGAGCCGCGUCCUCGGCUUCGAUCAGUCGGUAGACGUGUACGGGUUUUAUCCUUCCUGGGACCAGCUCAUUGCGUUUGUCUUCACUGCCCUCACGUUGAUGGUAAUGGGCCUCAUUGAGCACUACGGCAUCCAUCCUCUCCUUAACCACACUCUGACGGUCUUCCUCCCUGCCUUUGGCGCGUCCUGCACAGUGGUGUUUGCGGUGCCCAAGGCACCCAUCGCCCAGCCGCGCAACGUCAUCAUUUCGCACGUCUCCGCCGCGAUCAUCGGCACUGCCUUGACGAACGCGUUCCGCUCCGUGAAGGAGCAACCCUUUGGUCAGCACUCUGCUGGAGCCAUCGGCGUUGCCUUGCAUCUCGUGUUCAUGAUGUUCACCAACACGAUGCACCCUCCCGCCAGCGCCACCGUCAUCUCCGCCGCGACGGCGACCAUCAACGCCUAUUACAAGGACGAAGGGUUUUUGUUUGUCAUCGCACCCGUCCUCUUCGGGUCCGUCCUGACAACGGUGUUCUCGUGGUUGCUGAACAACUUGGUGCCUUCGCGAUCGCCGUACCCACAGUAUUGGUAG